AUGAUAUUUUUCAGUGAACUGGUGGGCGCCCCAGUGCUCCCCUUGACAGAUACGAUUGUCCUGGAGACUCUCGGCCACCAGCGCAUUUCACAGUUUGGUCGCCAGCGCCUGUGGGGAGCCGUGGGUUUUGGAAUCGCUAAUGCCGCGGCUGGCUUUGGAUCAAGCUCAUUGGCCGACUCCUGCGGCCGGGGCAAUUAUACUGUUCACUUUGUUGGUUUUGCCGUCCUGUAUGUCAUCUCGUUAGGGGCUGCACUGAAGCUGAAGGAUACUUACCAUCCGCUGAGCGCUAAGACUACGGCAGCUACGACAGUACAAACGAGAAUCCGAAUCGGCCGAGGUUUGCGCUUGGCUCUGUGCAACGCCCGCGCAAUCUGCUUUCUUGUCGCUGUGUUCUUCUUAGCCAUUGCGAUGUCCAUCGUUGACAACUUUCUAUUCUGGUUCCUAACAGAGCUGUGUGCAUCCGAACUGCUCCUUGGUCUCUCUGUUCUGACCAUGUGCAUGUCAGAAAUCCCGCUGUUUCUUAUCGCCGGCCCAGUGAUCAAGCGCUUUGGCCACACGAUGGUGCUGGUGUUUGUGCUGAUGUGCUACGCCAUUCGAUUCCUGGGCUACUCGCUGCUGCAGAACCCCUGGCUGGUCAUGCCGAUAGAACCGCUACACGGUGUAUGCUUUGCACUGAUGUGGUCCUGCUGUGUGUCCUACUGCAAGAAAAUAGCGCCGCCAAAUUUGGAAGCUACUCUGCAGGGUGUGCUAAAUGGCAUGUUUAGGGGCGUGGGCCGCGGGACGGGGGCCGUGCUUGGUGGUUUCGUGUACCAUCACUUCGGUGCCCGUUGGCUGUUCCGUUCCUGCGCAAUCAUGUGCUGCAUUGUGGCAGCGCUGUACCUAGUGUCGGAGAGAAUCAUUUGCCAGUACGAGCGGCGACACGGCACGUUGAUUUCCGGUACGGCGAAGCUCGUCGACGGCAUUGAGCUCAAUGAACAUGGCAUCGUAACGUUGGACGACGACAACGAAUGUGAGCUGAGUAACGGUGCGCCUGUCAUUAGCUACCGUUCAGACAGCACCCAUGUUAACGGUAGAGUGCAUGAUGGUAUAGGUGACUUCACACUGGUAUCGUCCAAUCCUGACAAGGCUCUCGAUAUCGCCACCGCUGAGAAUGAUGAAUUUGAACAAGAUGGAGACAUUGAAACUGCGCUGCUCUAG